GCUUUCCACUGGUCCUGCCCUACAGGAGGAGUGAGGGGCGACAGAUAGGCGACCCGCAGACAACAUUUGGACAUUAUUUCACUCAGUCCGGACCACCCAGAGACUGUUUGGACCUCUUUAUCCCCACCAUGACACCUUGAACUGCGCGGGAGCGGAGCGAUAAACGCGUUUUUAACGCCCGGGGAGCGGAAGCGAGAGAAAGGGGGAAGUUGUUAGGGGAUAUAGGAAAAAAUAAAACCCCGAAAAAAAAGUGAUUUUUCCUGCGUCAAGUUCAGAUCAAAUCACCGUCUUUCGACAGGGAGGGUGGCCCUGGAGUGUUUGGGGGCAUGGACACCCACAUUAAGGAGGGACAGCUUUAUGUGCAGCAUCAAAAGUUUGGAAAGAAAUGGAAGAAGAACUGGUUCGUCCUGUACCCCGCCAGCCAGAACGGCAUCGCCCGCCUCGAGUUCUACGACUCAGGAGGGGGCGGGGGCGGCAUGGGCUCGGGUAGCGGGUCCAAUGAGAAAACCAGGAAGCUUGACAAGAAGAUCAUCCGCUUGUCCGAGUGCAUUUCCAUCCUGCCGGCGCUGACGGAGAGCUGCCCCAAAGAUAAUAUGUCAGCGUUCUGCGUGGAGACCAAUGACAAGACGCAUGUGUUUGCCGCGGAGAAAAACACCGCCAAGGAGUGGAUGGAUACCAUGUGUGACAUCGCAUUCCAGGGAGGAAGUGGCAGCAGCAACAGUACAGCUGUAGACUCGAAUGGAAGACCACAAGAUCUGCAGAUGUCUGAAAACCUCAUCUACUACUCGAGAGAGGAGGUGAACGAGUUUUGGGUGAACGUUCAGCGCACGGAGGCAUCGGAGCGCUGCGGGUUGACGGGCAACUAUUGGCUGAAAGCGGAAAGCGACAUCUUGAUCUUGAAGGAGCCAAAGACGAAGAGAAACGUCCUGGUUUGGCCCUAUAAGCUGCUGAGGAGAUAUGGGCGAGACCGGGUGAUGUUUUCGUUCGAGGCGGGUCGCCGCUGCGACUCCGGCCCCGGUAACUUCACCUUUGAGACCAAGCAAGGCAACGAGAUCUUCAUGCUGGUGGACCAGGCCAUCCAGUCGCAAAAGGUACAAGCUGAGGAGCGCCACCUCAGCUGCCCCAGCUUGGACCCAGACUGCCCUACGUCACUGCAGCACAUACGCAACGCCUUUACUAGUGGAAUGGGUGCGGGGAGCGGAGACAACAGCAGCAACAGCAGUCGGGAGGCAGACGGGGAUUCAGGCGGCAGCAAACCGGGCUCAGCUGAUGGUGUGCUUGGGAAGAGAGAGGGUGGAGAUGGAGGAGGAGGAUGGGGGCAAGGAACAGCAGGUGGACUUAAAGGCAGGUCUUUACCAGAACCACCAGCUCUGUUGGGUUUGGGAGGAGGAGGCACCCAGAGGGGGGCAAAAGGUCACUCCUUAGCUGAUGAACAAGCAGGUCUUUAUUCGGAGCCAGCAGAUUCAGUCCGCGUGCCCCUGGCGGUCUCUGACUGCCUUUACUCUGACCCAGUGGACAGUAUCAAGGGUCAAAAUCAAACCAGCAACCCAUCCACCCCUCCAGUGCCCACCCCUCGCCUUCGACCAGUAGGAGAUGAGGUCUCGGGAGGUGGUUCCCAAGGGGAUCAUCACAAUGUAGGCAGCAACCACAGGAAGCCACCAGACCUGUACUCCCAUGUGUAUGACCGGAUCAGCCUGGAGCUGAACCAGAAAACGAGCGCGCUGAAUCUUAACGGGGCUGUAGGGGGAGGAAGAGGUGGAGGAAGGGGGGUGAACAGUAACAGGCGACCCCCAGGAAGUCAAGCAGAAGGGUCAUCAUCACCUCCUGCUCCUCCUCCAGAGCACAUAUACGAUGAACCAGAGGGUUGCGCCAAAGGAGGUGCUUGUGUAACCGCUAGUUUAGGGAUCAGUAUUUAUGACGAAGCCCGUUUGGAGCCACACAGCCAGAGGAAACAGGAAGAGUUGACGGCUCCAUCAGCAUUGGAAGGAACUUAUAACACCCCCUCCCACAGACACUCUCCUCCACAGCUCGGUCCGAGCCGUGGCGCACCACAUCCUCCCAAGUGGCCCAAACCUACCACUGCCCCAAAGCCAGGCAGGAGCCCAUUUGCACGGAAGGAGCCGGUGCCGCUGCCCCCUGGCAAACACGGAGGUCCUGGCAAUAAUGUGAAUAACAACAACAAUAUUUGGGGAGGCGGAGGAGGAGGGGGCAAGGAGCUGUACAGCAAAGUAUCUAAACCGAAAUCUCCAUCUUCUGCUUCGUGGUACAGCCAGGCACCGCUGAGAGCUCCUGAUAUCAUCUAUGACAACUUGGGAGAUAUUUGACAUCCUUCUUUUUUUUACAGGGACUGAAAUGAAACAUUUAUCCCCUCUGUGAAAAGCUGAGGCUGAAGAACAGACUUUUGGUCGAUACUUUUAUUCCUGCAGUUUUUGUAAGGACUGAGCACAUUUCUUCAAUCUGCAGACUGGAAUAAUUAUUAAAGACAGUCGAUUCAUUGGGAGUCGAUUCGCUCACAACUAUGAGAAAACCACAUUACGGCUUCAUUUUAAAACAGAGUGCAACCAUGGAAGGGCCACCCUCUGUGUGUGUGUGUGUGUGUGUGUUUGAGAGUGAGUGUUUGCGUGGUCAAACCCAUAAUUCGAGUACCAAUCCACAGUGUGGUUGGAACCAGCCACUUCACUUGAACACACAGAGAAACUGUUGGGGUUUGCCAAAAGGAGCUCGGCCUACAGGCUUCACUUUAACAAGCUGAGAGAGCGGCUUGGCUCUUUUUUUAUAAAAUGUCUGCCGUGCUUAUGAAGUGACUGGGGAAACAUGUUUUUUUUUGCACUGCUGCUUUUGUGUUUCUCUGCAAUAUGAGACAAUGUGACAGCGAGGAGUCUUUAAGGCUGGGACCAAAAAGGAGAGGAUCUUUUUCUGUUUGUGUUUUCUGGGUUGAUCUAAUACCCUAAAUCCCUCUGAAACUGGGAGAUUUUCAGCCCGGGAAACUAUUAUCCAAUGUGGGUGCAUCAGAGGAUGCAGAAACAUUGAUGCUACUGUUCUGGAGGAAGCAUGAAAAGUGGGACUUUAAGACCCUACGGACAUAAAUGGGCUAUAAAGGGGUCAUGGGGUCACAUGGUCCUCAUGUGGCUUCCUGGACCUCCUGCACAAGAUAAUAUUAUUUGAAUCCUUUAUGUUUCUCUGUACAGACAAACUAAAUAUGAAACUAAUCAUUCCCAUGCAAUGUGUCAGUGUGUAUGUAUGUGUCAGAAACAGCUGUGCUGUCUGUAAAUAUAACUAAUAAUAAAAAAUGGCUGCAAAAA